AUGAAAAAUCUGCAGCUGAGUGAGGAUGUGGCCGGGGCGACUUUCAUGGCUGCAGGAAGUUCAGCUCCAGAGUUAUUCACUUCCUUAAUUGGUGUUUUCAUCACGAAGGGAGACGUGGGAGUUGGCACCAUCGUUGGGUCGGCUGUCUUCAACAUACUGGUCAUCAUUGGAGUGUGUGGCAUCUUCACCCGUCAGACGGUGGCUGUGACCUGGUGGUCUCUGUUCAGAGACUCGCUGUACUACAUCUUCUCAGUGCUGGCAUUGAUUUUGGUUAUCUAUGAUGAACGGGUUGUAUGGUGGGAAUCUAUGCUUCUGAUCUCGAUGUAUGGAGUCUACAUCCUUAUCAUGAAGUUUAACAGUCAGAUCGCCAGCUUCGUGCAGAGAUCGUGCGGCAGUCCGGGCCAGUGUUGCGUCUGGAGGCCGACGUCCGGAGAUAAAGAGGCUGAUGAAGCAGGAACCAACGGCAACACCUCCAUGGUGCUGCUGAGGAAAGCUCCGGCGGGUUCGGGACAGGAGUCUUCGGUGGUGAUGGUGGACGAGCUGCUCAUCCUGAGGCCACACCAGCUCUCGUUCCCAGAGGCUGGCCUGCGUGUCAUGAUCACACCGCAUUUCUCUCCGCGCACCCGUCUCUCUAUGGCCGGACGCAUGCUCAUCAGUGAGAGGCAGAGACUGAUUAGAAACCGGAGCCCCGGAGACAGCAGCGGCAGCGGAGCAGGGGACACUCCUGGCCAAGACUGCCCGGGCGUGGAGGGGGUUCCUUGGGGUCUGGAGAAUGGAGGGGCCCUUGAAAGUGAAACGCAACCCCUGGAGGAGGCUAGGCAGAGGGGCCAAGGAGGGGAUUUAGAACGAGUAGCAGACAUAGAGGACACACAGCCUAAAGAUGAUGAGGAAGAGGAGGAGGAAGAGGCAGACGAAGAGCAACCCUUCAGACCUCUUACUGUGCCAGAGGGGCGCUGGGAGCAAGUCAGGUGGGUGUUAUCAUGGCCCUUAGGCUGCCUUCUUUACUACACUGUCCCAAACUGUAGUCACCUGACUGGACUCGAGCUGCACUCCCAUUCUCACAGGUCUCAUUAUGAACCGGCAGUGUUGUGGGUGCGUUAA